AUGCCAAAAAUAAGCUCAGACACCCUGUGGGAGCUGGCCGCCGCCGAGGUCCAGAGCCGGGAGGGCGGAGGUGGGGAGGACGGCGGAGAGACGCUGAGCGAGAGGACCGUGGUCCUGAUGGGGAGCAAGGCUGGGGGCAAAACGUCGAUUCUCCUCAGAUGUCUCGACAGAGAUGAACCACCAAAGCCAACUCUGGCUCUGGAAUACACGUUUGGAAGACGGGCCCGGGGACACAACACUCCCAAAGACAUAGCCCACCUGUGGGAGCUUGGAGGAGGGACUUCUCUGUCAGACCUCAUACAAAUACCCAUCACGCCCGUCAGCAUCAAGUCUCUUUCUGUCAUUCUCAUUCUGGACUUGUCUAAACCCAAUACCCUGUGGGGAACCACCGAAAAGCUGCUCCAGUCAGCACAUGCUCAGCUGGAAAAAGUCUCUUCCCAGACCCAGCAAGCAGAGAAAUCCAGGCACAGAAGCAAACAGCAAACAUCAGUCCACUCUGCAGCUCGGGACUUACCAAAAGACUACCCGGACAGAGAGCUGAUCAGUCCUUUCCCUGUCCCCUUGCUCAUUAUUGGCAGCAAGUAUGACCUCUUUCAGGAAUUGGACUCAGACAAGAAGAAAAUGGUCAAUAAAACAUUGCGUUUCAUUGCCCACUACUACGCAGCCUCACUUAUUUUCACCAGUAUCAAAUCAGAGAGCCUUAUGUCAAAAACCAAGAACCUCUUUUCUCAUCUGGCGUUCGGGUUGGACAGAGGGAAAGCUGUGUCCUGUGAUCCCAACAAGCCUCUCAUCAUUCCUGCAGGCUCUGACUCUUUCAGCCAAAUAGGCUCCCCUCCUACUGUUGAUGUGGACAUAACUUCUCUGCAUGCUAAAAAUCCAAUGGACCUCUGGAAGAAGGUGUACGAGCGUGUGUUUCCCACAGAGGGGAUUUCAUCUUUGCAAAGUACCAGUAAAGAGAGCGAACUAAAAGAUCCAGCCAAGGAUCCACAGUACAGCGAGCCUCAGAUAGAUGCAAUGAGAGCCCAGAAAGAUCAGGAGUUGGAGCAGUACAAGAGGAAUGCAGCCAAAUCAUGGAAAGGACUGGAGCUGGAGACAUGA